UUUCUCAAGAGGCCGUGACAACGGGACGGAAAGAAGGCGCCCCCACGAAGCCCGCCUCUUCUGACUACGAAUCUACACCCGGAACCUAUUUAGUGUGGUAGAGCAGAGCGAGAAUUAUCGCGUUCGGACCAGCUGCAGCUGCGCACAGGCGCAUUUCCGUUCCGCCCCCGAGACCCUGCAACAUUCUGUCAUGGCGGCCGGAAUGUUAGGGUUGUCCGCUCGCUGCUUUUUGGCGGCUGCGGCUACGCGAGGGCUCCCGGCUGUCCGCGCUCGCUGGGAAUCCAGCUCCUCCAGGGCUGUGGUCGCUCCGUCUGCUGUUGCUGGAAGGCGACCUCCACCACCGGCCGUCCACUGGCAGGAAGACCCAGAUCCCGAGGACGAAAACCUCUAUGAGAAGAACCCAGACUGCCAUGGAUAUGACAGGGACCCUGUUGUGGACCUCUGGAACAUGCGAGCUGUCUUUUUCUUUGGCUUCUCCAUUGUCCUGGUCUUUGGCACCACCUUUCUGAUUUAUCUGCCUGACUACAGGAUGCAGGAAUGGGCUCGCCGGGAAGCUGAGAGGCUGGUGAAAUACCGAGAGGCCAAUGGUCUCCCUCUUAUGGAAUCCAACUGCUUCGAUCCCAGCAAGAUCCAGCUGCCAGAGGAUGAGGACUGAGCAGUUGCUGAGUGGGGCUCAAGAAACAGCACCCUGCUCUCCCCCUGCCUGCCAUUCUGUCCUCUCAGACUUCCUGAUUAAAGGGACUGAAAAUCUGA